AUGUACUACAGAUCAUUUCAAGCACAUAAUAACUCAUCCAUAAAUUCCCUAUGUCUUAUUAAGUCGACAAAUUUUGUAUUGUCUGGUGGUGGAAACGAUUGCUUAAUACGAUUACAUAAUCUUAAUAAUGAUAGUGUCCAGUCCACCACAUUUCCGAAAGAGCAUAUAACUGCAGUAAAUAGCAUUGACGUAAGUAGUUCGGGAGAAACAUUUGUUUCUGGUGGAGGAGACACAAUCAACGUAUGGGACCUGGUCAAGCAAUGUAAGUUGAUGAGAUAUCAAUCAAUAAACGAUCAAAUAAGAGAUGAGGUCUACGAUUGCAAAAUAUUGAACGAUAGUUUGGUUGUGUCAUGUGGAACUAAUUGCUUUGUUAACUUUCAUGACUUGAGACAACCCAAAAGGACUAAACCUAUUUACAGUGUCAAGGCUGGAAAUGAUAAUUUGAAUUCGCUAGAUUACAACCCAAUAUCAAAAGUUCUCUCAGUAGGGAGCCUUGACGGCAGGUUGACUAGAAUUGACUUAAGAAACCAGGAGGUUAUUCGAGAUACAUUUGAGUGUGGUGGUUUGUUGAAUGUGAGAUUGUGCCCGAGAGAUAUGACAUUAAUAACUUUUGAAAAUGGCAAAUUGAAACUAUGCGAUUCCAAUGAUUUGCUGAUAAACUCAGAGGUUACAUUAUCCAACGACAAAUUAACUUACAGAAUAGCGUCCGACGUAAUUAAAGAUUAUUAUUCGGAUACUGAAUAUAUUAUGAGUGGGUCAGAAACCGGCAUAGUCUACUUAUGGAAGCAUAACCCAACAGACCAGACGGUCUCAGAAUUCAAGAUCUUGGAGCCACCUCUGCUGCAAUAUACAGAUAAGUCUCGUAUUUUGAGUGUGGUUAAAUUUAUUGCGUCUUCAAAUAGGCUUAUUUGUUCCAGCGAAAAUGGGCUUUUGCAUAUCUGGGAAAAUGUGUUAUAA